AUGCCAUUGAAGUUAAGUCAAGACGCAGAGUUGAAGCAACAGAAGAUUUACAAUGAUAAUUCUAACGUCUUGAACCUGGAUCAGUCCCAAAAGCACCAAUCAGUGCUGGUCCGAAGCCAAAAGGACAUGGUUGCAGUUAGCCAAGCUCUUUCGCAAGAGAAGUCUGCAAUAUGUAAACAUACAUGGGCAGUAAAUGCUGUUAUGGAUAGAGAAAACCAAGUGAAACUAGCAGAGAUAGCUAACCAGUCCAAGUACGUCCUGUCUGAGCUGGUAAAUACUGCGGAGAAGGAACCAGAGCAGCUUGCCAAGGCUCUUAUUCAAGUUGCAAUUGGCUUUGAGAAGAGACAUAGAAUGGCUACUGCAUUCAGUAUUUUCAAGAAAGCAUACUAG